AUGAUAUUACCCGACCGUGAGAUUCUGACCUAUGGCAGAGACAAAGAUAACGACAUUACCUGGCUCUACGGCCCACUGAAGUCUAGUAGAAGCUCCAGUCCAACACCGAACGAAGCACGCUCGACACAAGCCCCCAGAAAACCUUCCCUGAAGCGAAAACCGAGCAUAUGGGAAGUCCCAGAGUAUCCUUCAGCAUCUAACGACUCCACAAAUGGGAGGUCUCUGCUUGGCCGAAUCUGGAACAUAACCAUCCAUUCAGUUCCUAGUAUAAUCCUCAGCUCGAGCCAAGACUGGAACAAGCGAAGAAAGUUCCGUGUCCGAUUUGAAGAGGAGGUACAGCAAUGCCAGUAUUCGCGUGAUGACAAUACAUUAUCCCAAUACAGCUACAACUAUAAUCAUCCUUACUUUCCGGAAGAGGCUGAGCUUUAUGAAAUCCAUCACUGUCCGUAG